AGUCUAUGCAGGUCUAUGCAUCAUUAUCUUAAUCCUUAAAAGACAUAAACAAAACACUUCCAACAUUGUUAAAAUUAAAUUUCGUGUUUAUUUUUUCUUUUGCCGUAGCUUUAUCUAUUUUUUUCCAAUUUAUUAUCAACAAUUUCCAAGCUAGGUGAUCUCCCAGAAUUUCUAUAGAAAUUCAUUAUUUCUUGAGAGAAAAAAUAAUUAAAAAAUGACAUUGAGAAGAGCUUGCACAAGAUUAAUUAAUUUAACAUUAAAAAAUAAUGAUAAAUUUAAAAGAAAAAUAUUUUUACAAUCAAACAAGUGUUUAAUUUACAACAAUGAUAGUAAAAAUUACACAAUGUCUUCAUCAACAAAACAUGAUUUCGAUGAAAUAUUUAAAUUUAAAGAUACAAAUAUGAGCAAUUGGAUUGUUGAGAGUAAAGUUUAUAAUUUAUGUUGUACAUACAAAACAAUGUCACUAGAUGAUAGACAAAAAUUUCUAUGGUCAUUAGCAUUAAACUACUCAAUGGAUCAUCAAAAAAUUUGUAUUCUUGCUGAUAAAUUAUCAACCAUUCCGACUGAUAAUCAACGACAAUUAUUGUUGAAAGAAAGGUCAUUAAAAAAUGCAUUAACACCUCAAUAUCAUUGGCUAUUUGUACUGAUGGGAAGACUUGAAAAUGGAGUUAAAUUUUUAGUUGAUUUACGAACAGAUGUAUUGAACUUAUUAUCUGGACAAUUGGAAAAUGAUGAAGCUGUAAUUAUGCAACAGUUGAAUUUAACUCUUCAAGAUUUAUUAUUACUCUGGUUUAGUGUUGGAUUUUUACAUCUUGAACGUAUAACUUGGCAAAGUUCAUGUGACAUGUUGCAAAAAAUUUCAGAUUAUGAAGCUAUACAUCCAAUUAGAAAUUGGCUUGAUUUAAAAAAAAGAGUUGGUCCAUACAGAAGAUGUUUUGUAUUUACACAUCCAUCAAUGCCUAGAGAACCUCUUGUUGUUCUUCAUACAGCACUUUGUGAUAUAAUACCAGAAACUGUAAAAGGUAUAGAAGAAGCAGAAAAACGAAUAAAAUCAAAAGAUAAAAUUCCAUCUGAUCAAAUAAACACAAAUGAAAUUAAAGCAGCAAUAUUUUAUUCAAUUGUAGCAACGCAAAAAGGUCUUCAAGGUAUUGAACUUGGAAAUUAUUUAAUCAAAGAAGUUGCUAAAAAUGUUACCAGAGAAUUUCCAAUGAUUGAUAAAUUAUCAACUCUUUCACCGAUUCCAAAAUUUCGACAGUGGUUUCUUGAUCAAGUUCGUCAAGAUCCAAAAAAAAUAUUUACAAAAGAUGAAUUGGAUAAUAUUAGUAAACAAUUUAGUAACAAUGAUUUAUAUAAAGAAUUAAAAAAAUUAUUUAACAAUUCACUGUGGCUUAAUGACAAUGACAUAACGGGUAUCAUGAAAGAACCACUAUUACGAUCAUGUGCUUGGUAUUUAUAUCGCGAAAAAAGAAGAGGCUAUGCAUUAAAUAAUGUUGCUAAUUUUCAUCUAAGAAAUGGAGCAGUUAUGUGGCGUAUUAAUUGGAUGGCUGAUCCAACACCGCGAGGUGCUGAACAUAGUUUUGGAAUAAUGGUUAAUUAUAGAUAUUAUUUAGAUGAAACUGAAAAUAAUAGUCGUAAUUAUAUUGAAAAUUCAAUGAUAAAAGCAUCAGAAAAUAUUAUUAUGUUAUCAAAAAAUGCUGAAAUA